AGUUGGCAUGGCAACGUUGGGCAGGUUAUAAAAUCUGUCGUUCAAGUUUCAACCGGUUACUAGUCUAAAAAAUCUGUCAAUUCAAUUUAUCUUAAAUGUAAGAUGGUUAGGACAUACAUUAGAAAAACUGAACGUUGUGUGUAUCCAGAUGGUCACAUCUUGAAAGCUGUCAAGGAAGUUGUUGCUGAGAAAAAAAAAGUACAUGUUGUUGCCAAAGAAACCUCCAUCCCAAAAAGAUCUCUUCUGAGAUAUAUUAAAAAUUUCUUGGCUGCUGGAAUCCAAGAUGAGGCUGAAUUAAAUACAAUCAUUGGUGGUUACAAAAAACAUCGCAGGGUUUUCAGCCAUGAACAAGAAAGUAAUCUUAGGAAUUACGUCAAAAAGGCUAGUGACAAUAAUGAUGGAUUCACUACCAGAGACUUGAGAAAAUUGGCUUAUCAGUACGCUACCCGAGAAAAAUGUGUUGUCCCUCUUAGUUGGUCAGUCAAGCAGGAAGCCGGAAGGGACUGGCUCUUUGGUUUCAUGACAAGACAGCGAGACCUUUUAAUCAGGAAGCCUCGAGCAACAUCUGUAGACAGAGCUACCAGCUUCAACAACCUUAACAUUGAUUUCUUCUUUGACAAUGUUGAAAUCAUAGUUGCUCGAGGCAUUCCUCCUUAUCGUUGGUUUAAUGCUGGCUUUACCACAGUGCACAUACCUGAUGGAAUUAUCCCCCCUAAAGGAAGAAAACAAAUCGGUUCUGUAACUUCAGGUGAGAGAGACACACUGGUUACAGUCUGCCUUGCAGUAUGUGCCACAGGGUCGUCCAUUCCACCAUUCUUUGUCUUUCCACGAGUCCAUUUUAAGGAAUAUUUCCUCCAUGGUGCCCCUCUCGGUUCUGCUGGAUCAGCCAACAAGUCUGGCUUGAUGUCAGAUAAAGAUUUCAUUUUGUUUAUGAAUCACUUCAUCCAGCACGUUCGGCCUUCGAAGGAGAGCGAGGUUGUUUUAUUUCUCGAUAACCACUCAUCUCAUCGGUCGAACGAGAUAUUGAAUUUGGCUAAAGACAACGGAGUGGUCAUGUUUACUAUACCUCCGCAUUGUUCUCAUCAGCUUCAACCCCUUGACAGAAGUGUGUUUGGUCCGUUUAAAAGAUACUACGAUUCGUAUUGCAGUUCAUGGAUAAAGGACAAUCCAGGAAAACCUAUGAGCAUGCACAACAUUGCAGAGCUGGUUGGAUUAGCCUUCCCGCUUGCAACAACACCUGCAAAAAUCACGUCUGGGUUUAAAAUGGCCGGGCUCGUCCCAUUUAAUAGAUUUAUCUUCGAUGGUGACGUCGACUUUACUCCGCCAUCCUUCGUCACGGAUCCUCCUUUUAAUUCAACGCCAGUCCCUUCUGAUGAUGGUUUCCCAGAAAUCCUAGCAUCCAACGAUAACAUCGUCCAAGAUGGCCAUACUCCAGUUCCAGCGAACCACAUCACGGACAAUGAUUUAACUUCAAUUCUUCCUUUUAAUUCAACACCAGUACCUUCUGAUGAUGGUUUCCUAGAAAUCCUAGCAUCCAACGAUAACAUCGUCCAAGAUGGCCAUACUCCAGUUCCAGCGAACCACAUCAUGGACAAUGAUUUAACUGCAAUUCUACCCGAUUUGAACGACAUUGUGGGGAUUUUCGAAGAAGACCCUUUGACGAUAGUUCAAAACGUCAAUAUUUCAUUAGAUGUUCAAAAUGGAGAGACAUUUGAACUAAGAGGUGUUAUCGAGGAGGAUUCCAAUAGAAAUCAUGUGGAAACUUUGAGUCCCUACCCUAAAGCUCCUUCCGAAUUGACAAUGAAACGUGGUCGAGGCCGUCCACCCAAAGCUGCUUCCAAAGCUGCUUCCAAUUUGACAUUGAAACGUGGUCGGGGCCGUCCGCCCAAAGCUGCUUCUAAAGCUUCUUCCAAAGCUUCUUCCAAAGCUUCUUCCAAUUUGACAUUGAAACGUGGUCGAGGCCGUCCACCCAAAGCUGCUUCUAAAGCUUCUUCCAAAGCUCCUUCCAAUUUGACAUUGAAACGUGGUCGGGGCCGUCCACCCUCUGUCUUGGCGAAUAACAUUUUGACUAAUCAAAAUUCAAACACAAGUAGUGACACUCCUCCAAAGGAAAAUGGUCAUUCCGAUGAAAUGUCCAUCGCAUCUGUUGAAUCACGUGGUGAUGUCGAAAAUUCUGAAAAAGAAAACGUCACCAACGACAUCCAGAAGAAAGACGUAACAUCAGGAGCUCGACGUGGACGUGGUCGUCCAGCCAAGACAUCCAUUUUACCGAAAACGACUAUUGAGAAAUCCCCAGCAGUUGCUAUAGUCGCAACCCGUUCGACGACCAGGAAAACUGCGACAUUAACACCUCUAGAUAGAAGAAUGAAGUGUUGCAAUGUAUUGCUGGAACGCGAUCCGGAGGUUGAAGCUUUGCGUAUUGCAAUGAUUGACGAAGAUGAGAGGGAAAAGGUGGCUGAGACUGCAACAUCUCAAGUUGAAAUUCCAGUUGCUGCCAGAUUAACUCGUGGGAUGCUGAAACUUGUUAGCCAGUCUGAACCAGAUUGAAAGAAAAUCUCACCUUUUAUUUCCUCGUACUAAACGUUUUCGUUAAAUUUGAGUGAUAAAACGUCAAUUUUGUUCACACAAUGUUCCACUCGUGUCAUUUUAAUUUUUUUCCUUUCGGUUUAGUUUAAAACCGCUUUCUUUCCCCCCCUCGUUACUAUGCAGCUGAAAACGGUUCAGUUUUGUUUGUUAAAUUUAAUCCCAUCUUCGGUAUCUUUCAACACGACCGUUAUAGGUUAGUUGACAGCAGCGCAGAGGUUAUAAGAAGUAGCGCAGUGUUAUUAUGAGUGUUGAUCGUGUCUUAAUUCGAAAUUCAGAGACCCACUUCAAGUGUGAAUACAAUGUUCAAACGGGAA